AGGAGCUGACGAAGAGAGUUGUGAGAUAUAUCUACAACUCCGCGAAGAACGAAGGCCUCCGCCAGAUCAAGGAGUGGGAGGAGCUGGUAAACAAGCUGGUCGAUGGCGCCAUGCAUGGUUACUGCGCCGCCUGCCAGGAGAAGAAGUGGUUCUUCGAGAUCGACCUGGCCCCUGCGUUCACGUCGGCGGCCUGGGAGAUCCUGAAGUUCCAGGCCCGAGGGGCGAACCCGCGGCACGUGAGGUUCCCCGAGCUGCAGGAGGUGGUUGUCAAUGAGUAUGAGGAGAAGCUUGACCGCAUCCUCCUCAUCAAGGCCAUGUGGGAUGCCACGUCCGCGACCUUCGGCUCGGAUGAUAGCAAAGUCCAGUCGAAAGUGUACAAUGCGCUUCACAAGGCUUACCAGGGCGCCCUGGACGAGUGUAUAAUGGACUCCAGGCCGCUGGGGGAUUUGGAGAAGGUGGAGAUGUUUACCAAGCGGUGG